AUUCAAGUAUAGCAUCCCAGUGGAGGUUAAACCUUUCUGCAAGACAAAGCAAAACGAGGGAAGCCUCAACAGCCUUAGCCUUGCAGAGAAGAGACAAAUAAAAAUAAAACAUAACAAUGGGGUUUGGAGAUUAGCGACUGCUUAAUCAAUGAUCCACAAUAUCGUUAUUUUUUAACUUUUUUAUUAUGUUGGGAAAACCUGAGGCAAAAGUUAACUGCAAUUUGAUUGGUUGGUUGGUCCCGCUCUUUUCUUUGACUUCACUUGAAAAUCUUAAACGGUGCGUAUAAAUGAGGAGGGUUUUGGCUUGCUGCUUCACAAAUCGACCUUCAAAGAUCCGUUCAGAGCAAAAUCGUCCCCAGAGAUCCGGAGAAACCAUGGAAAGCCACCAGAUGAAUAACGCCAAUGACGAUUCUGCAAUGCGGAUUAAUACGAUCAAAUCAAUCACCAGCAGCAGCUCAAAUAUCAUAAUGAACAGUGACUUCUCUAAGGGGCUGCAUUCUUGGCAUCCCAAUUGCUGUCAUGGUUUUGUUGUUUCAGCUGAGUCAAAUUUCGCAGAAGGAACAUCAGCAAAGUCAGUUGGUAAUUAUGCUGUUGUUACAAAUCGUAAUGAAUGCUGGCAGGGCUUGGAACAGGAUAUAACAAGCAGACUUUCUCCUGGUUUUACUUAUUUGGUUUCUGCUUGUGUUGGAGUGUCGGGGCGUCUUCAAGGAUCUGCUGAUGUCAUGGCAACUUUGAAACUUGAAUACCAAAAUUCACAGACAAGCUAUUUGUUUAUUGGAAAAACUUCUGCAUCAAAGGAGAAUUGGGAAAGGGUGGAAGGCACAUUCUCACUUUCAGCUAUGCCUGACCAUGUUGUUUUCUACUUGGAAGGGCCUGCACCUGGAGUAGACCUUCUCAUAAAAUCAGUGGUGAUUACCUCUUCCAGCCCUAAAGAGUGUGAGAACAAAAGCACAGAGUGUGUCACUGCUGUGGAUGAGAACAUUAUUGUCAACCCCAAAUUUGAGGAUGGCCUAAAUAAUUGGUCUGGAAGAGGCUGCAAGAUUGUUUUACAUGAUUCUAUGGCAGAUGGGAAAAUAGUUCCAUCAUCUGGAAAGGUUUUUGCUUCUGCAACAGAACGCACACAAAACUGGAAUGGAAUUCAGCAAGAGAUAACCGGAAGAGUGCAAAGAAAGCUUGCUUAUGAUGUUACUGCUGUAGUUCGCAUUUUUGGUAACAAUGUCGCAAAUGCAACUGUACAGGCAACUUUAUGGGUCCAAACACCAAAUCAACGUGAUCAGUAUAUAGGCAUUGCCAAUGUGCAGGCAACCGACAAGGAUUGGGUACAGUUGCAGGGAAAGUUCCUACUUAAUGGAUCACCAGCAAGAGUUGUUAUAUAUAUAGAAGGUCCACCUGCAGGCACAGAUAUUCUUGUCAAUAGUUUAGUUGUAAAUCACGCUGAGAAAAUCCCUCCUUCACCUCCACCAGUUAUUGAGAACCCAGCCUUUGGAGUUAACAUAAUUACAAACAGCGAACUUAGUGGCGGCACAAAUGGAUGGUUUCCCCUUGGCAAUUGUACUUUAAGUGUUGGAACUGGUUCACCACAUAUACUUCCUCCAAUGGCAAGAGAGUCCCUUGGACCUCAUGAACCUUUAAGUGGUCGCUACAUACUUGUGACCAAGCGCACACAGACUUGGAUGGGUCCUGCUCAGAUGAUAACUGAUAAAGUGAAACUCUUUCUGACAUACCAAGUAUCUGCUUGGGUUCGAAUUGGUUCUGGAGCCAGUGGUCCUCAAAAUGUGAACAUUGCUCUAAGUGUUGACAACCAAUGGGUUAAUGGGGGACAAGCUGAGAUUAAUGAUGAUAGGUGGCAUGAAAUUGGUGGGUCCUUUAGAAUUGAGAAGCAACCAUCAAAGGUUAUGGUUUACAUCCAAGGUCCUGCUCCAGGUGUUGACCUAAUGGUCGCUGGGCUUCAGAUUUUCCCUGUUGACAGAGAGGCAAGGUUUAGACAAUUGAGGAGGCAGGCUGAUAAGAUUCGUAAGUGUGAUGUCAUACUGAAAUUCUCUGGAGGGGAUUCAAGCAGUGGGUAUGGCAGCUUUUUGAAAGUUGCACAAACACAAAACAGUUUCCCCAUUGGAUCAUGCAUAAACCGAUCGCAGAUAGACAAUGAAGAUUUUGUUGAUUUUUUUACUAAAAAUUUCAACUGGGCAGUGUUUGGAAAUGAAUUGAAGUGGUAUUGGACUGAGCCACAACAAGGUAACUUCAACUACAAGGAUGCUGAUGAUAUGUUAGAUUUGUGCAAGACUCACAACAUAGAAGCCAGAGGUCAUUGUAUCUUCUGGGAAGUACAGGCCACUGUCCAGUCAUGGAUCCAAUCACUAAACAAAAAUGACUUGAUGACGGCUGUUCAAAAUCGCUUAACAGGCCUUCUCACACGUUACAAGGGGAAGUUCAGGCACUAUGAUGUGAACAAUGAGAUGUUGCAUGGAUCAUUCUACCAAGAUAGAUUAGGCAAAGAUAUCCGAGCAAAUAUGUUUAAGACCGCCAACCAACUAGAUCCAUCUGCCACCCUGUUUGUGAAUGAUUAUCAUGUAGAAGAUGGGUGUGACCCCAGAUCAUCUCCAGAAAAGUACAUUGAACACAUUCUUGAUUUGCAAGAGCAAGGUGCACCUGUGGGAGGAAUUGGAAUUCAAGGGCAUAUUGAUAGUCCAGUGGGACCUAUUGUUUGUUCUGCUUUGGAUAAACUAGGUAUUCUGGGCCUUCCAAUAUGGUUUACUGAGCUUGAUGUAUCUUCCACCAAUGAAUGUGUUAGAGGGGAUGAUCUAGAAGUCAUGCUUCGCGAAGCAUUUGCCCAUCCAGCUGUUGAAGGAAUAAUGCUAUGGGGAUUCUGGGAGUUGUUUAUGAGUAGAAACAGUGCACAUUUGAUUAAUGCUGAGGGUGACAUCAAUGAAGCUGGCAAAAGAUUUCUUGCUCUUAAACAAGAGUGGCUGUCUCAGGCUCAUGGACAUAUUGAUGAGCAAGGAGAAUUCAGUUUCCGGGGCUUUCCUGGGACAUACACAUUGGAAUUAGGUACCAUCCAUAAGAAGAUUAAAAAGACAUUUGUGGUUGACAAGAGUGACUCGCCAGUGGUGGUGUCCAUAGAUCUGUAAGUUUCAGCUGCUGUGACUUCACUCGGGUUAAUGCUACUUCAAGGUUUGUGUGUUAUCAUAACAUCUAUCAAAGCAUAAGGUAAAAGAAAAAAAGUCAUUUGUAAUUACUAUACAAAGUGUCUGUUCGUUGUUUACAAAGAUUGUUUAUUUCUUAUGUUUCACUGUAAAAAUCCGUGCAGAGCAAUAAAAUAUUACCUUG